GUCAUCUGUGCUUAUAAGGAGGCCAAGCUCUGCUAUGAAGACGCGAUGCGCUACAUCCAGCGCAAGUACCGCAUUCCGGACUCGCAGCUACCUAGAAUCGCCACGAUCGACUCUUCUCAGGGCACCGAAUCUCCCGUCACCAUCAUCGAUUGCUCAGUGCAGAAAUAUGAUCCACGUACCCGGCGAGCUGAUAUUGGCUUCGUGGAUGAUGACAAGCGCAUGAAUGUCGCCAUGACACGGGCUCAG